AUGGAGAGCAUGAAGAAGUGCCCCUUCACCAGCGUGAUCCCCUACGGGAUGCUGCACGAGAAGCUGAAGCGGGAGAAGAACAACCAGCUGCCGGAAAACGUGGUGAUCGAGGAGUUUAACCAGCUGCUGGCGACGUACGAACGGCCAAGUCCCUACGACGCCAACGGAGUGGUGCAAAUAAGCAACCAAAGCGACUUGAUCCUUUUCCAAAUAGACAUAGAAUACACAGUGGAGAGCAUCUUCAAGAGCAUGGUCUUCACCAAUGAUGGGACCCCCAACGGAAGUGCCCUAACAAGCAUUUUCUCCCCCUACAAACCGUUACUGCAAAGCAACGAGAAGAACUACGUCUCCGUGCCGGUGAUCCGCAUCUACACAGUGACGAACGAUGGGUAUAGUGUCCUCGUGAAUGUGCAUAACUUCUUCCCCUAUUUCUACGUAGAGAUGCCGAGCGGCUUCGACCAGGAGGACUUGCAAAAGCUGGAGGUCAUGAUGAAUGACAGUUUGAAUGCCAACAGCCAGUAUAAAAUAUAUGACCAAAAAAUUCUGCACAUUGAAAUUGUGCAAACGGAGAGUCUCAUGUAUUAUAAGCGGGAUGGGAAAAGGGACUUCCUAAAGAUCACCGUCUUGCUACCUAAGAUGGUUCCCAGUUUGAAGAAAUUCUUCGAAGGAAUCGUUAAAGUAAAUAACAAAAGCAUCGGUGGAAUCGUGUACGAAGCGAACUUGCCAUUCAUCCUUCGCUACCUAAUUGAUAAGAAGAUCACCGGUUCUUCUUGGCUGCUCUGCAAGAAGAAGCUCUUUCACAUUCGGCCGAGACAUAAAAAGGUAUCCAACUGCUCCCUCGAAAUUGACAUCUCAUACGAACACGUAGAACCCAUGUUGUUGGAAGGGGAGUACCAGCAGAUCCCCAGACUGAGAGUCUUAUCCUUUGACAUUGAGUGCAUCAAGCUGGAUGGAAAGGGGUUCCCGGAAGCGAAAAACGACCCCAUUAUACAAAUUUCGUCUAUACUUUACUUUCAAGGAGACCCCAUUGGAAAGUGCUCCAAAUUUAUUUUCACUCUAAAGGAGUGUGCCAGCAUCCCGGGUUCUAACGUCAUCUGGUUUCACGACGAGAAGACGCUACUAGAUGCAUGGAGCGAGUUUAUAACAAGGCUAGACCCGGACUUCCUUACAGGUUACAAUAUCAUCAAUUUUGAUCUGCCCUACAUCCUCAACAGAGGCACUGCCCUCAAUUUGAAGAAGCUCAAAAUGCUGGGGAGGAUAAAAAGCAUCAGCAGCGUCGUCAAGGAGUCUAGCUUCUCCUCCAAACAGUUUGGGACCCAUGAGACGAAGGAAAUUAACAUCAACGGGAGGAUCCAGUUUGACGUCUACGACCUUAUAAAGAGGGACUACAAGUUAAAGUCCUACACCCUCAAUUAUGUCUCCUUCGAAUUUCUAAAGGAGCAGAAGGAAGACGUUCACUACAGCAUCAUGAAUGAUUUGCAAAAUGAAAGCCCAGAGUCCAGAAAAAGAAUCGCCACGUAUUGCAUAAAGGAUGGGAUUCUCCCCCUCCGCUUGAUAGACAAGCUGCUCUUCAUAUAUAACUACGUAGAAAUGGCAAGAGUUACUGGGACCCCCUUCGUGUACCUCCUCACCAGGGGCCAGCAAAUCAAAGUCACUUCACAGCUUUACCGCAAAUGUAAAGAGUUAAAUUACGUCAUCCCCAGUACGUACAUCAAAUCUGGAAGCAAUGAAAAGUACGAAGGAGCUACCGUUUUAGAACCCAUCAAAGGGUACUACAUAGAACCCAUUUCGACGCUCGAUUUUGCCUCGCUAUACCCGUCCAUCAUGAUAGCCCACAACCUCUGCUACUCCACGCUGGUCAAGAACAACGCAGAGAUUGAGGGACUCAAACAGGAAGACGUCACCUCCAUUCAAGGCAAAAGCAACAUCAAAUUUGUGAAGCGGUCCGUCAAGAAGGGGAUCCUCCCCCUAAUUGUGGAGGAGCUAAUAGACGCGAGGAAAAAGGUCAAACUGCUCAUCAAAAAUGAGCAAAACAAAAUUACCAAAAUGGUGCUUAAUGGAAGGCAGCUAGCUCUUAAAAUAUCGGCCAACUCCGUUUACGGGUACACGGGAGCCGCCUCCGGAGGGCAACUCCCCUGUCUUGAAGUGGCAGUCUCCAUCACCACCCUCGGAAGGUGUAUGAUCGAUAAGACGAAAGAAACGGUAGAGAAAUACUACAGCAAGAGCAACGGAUUCGAACACAACUCCACGGUGGUCUAUGGAGACACAGACUCGGUGAUGGUCAAAUUUGGCACCAACAACAUUGCCGAGGCCAUGGCAUUAGGGAAAGACGCAGCUCAAAGGAUAAGCAAAGAAUUUCUGCACCCCAUAAAGCUCGAAUUUGAAAAGGUAUACUGCCCCUACCUCCUGCUGAACAAAAAAAGAUACGCAGGACUGCUCUACACUACCCCAGAAAGGCACGACAAAAUGGACUGCAAAGGGAUAGAGACUGUCCGGAGAGACUUUUGCAUUUUGAUUCAACAGAUGAUGGAGACCGUUUUGAACAAACUCCUAAUAGAGAAGAAUUUACAAAGUGCCAUCGAGUAUACGAAAUGCAAAAUCAAGGACCUCCUCACCAAUAACAUUGAUAUGAGUCUCCUCGUCGUUACCAAGUCGUUGGGCAAAACGGACUAUGAAACGAGGCUCCCACAUGUGGAGCUUGCGAAGAAGCUAAAGCAAAGGGACAGCGCCACGGCUCCCAAUGUGGGCGACCGAGUCAGCUACAUCAUUGUUAAAGGGGUUAAAGGACAAGCACAGUACGAACGAGCAGAGGACCCACUCUACGUCCUAGACAAUAACCUAGCCAUCGAUUAUAAUCACUACCUAGAUGCAAUUAAAAAUACGCUCUCUCGCAUUUUUGAAGUUAUUAUGCAAAAUUCGGACUCUCUUUUCUGUGGAGAACACACAAGGCAUAAAACUAUCCUGACGUCUAGCCAAACGGCUCUCUCCAAAUUUUUACAGAAGGCCGUCAGGUGCAUCGGCUGCAACAGCUCUAUUAAGAAGCCCCCUCUCUGCAACCACUGCAAAGCUAACAAGGAGUUCUCCAUCUACAUGCAGAAAAUGAAUCACUUCAAAACCAAGCAGAACGAGUUCUUCCAGCUGUGGACCGAGUGCCAGCGCUGCCAGGGGAACCUCCACGCCGAGGUCAUCUGCAUGAAUCGGGACUGCCCCAUCUUUUACAGGCGGGCCAAGAUUAAGAAGGACAUGGCCAACGUGCAGGAGCAGAUCAGUGCCCUGCGCGCGGACUGGUGA